AUGUCGGAAUUGGAUGAUUUAUUAAAUGAAAUGUUGGCCGAGUCAGAGGCAGCAAUUAAUGGUCAAUCAACAAUUUCACCAUCAGCAAAUAAAAGUAUAACAUUUCAAGAGGAUCAAAUAUUAAAUGAUGGUAAUAAUAAUGGAAUGGCAAUGGCAGAGAAAAGAAAAUCAAGGUUAUCACAACAUCACCAAAAUGAAGGAGGAUUUGAUUAUUUGGAUACAUUGCUCAAUGAUAUGAGUGACGAAUCAAUUAGAAAUUCAAUAAAGACCGAUAAUUCUAGAAUAAAGAGUUUACGUUUAACCACAACUUUUGAUUUAGAAUCAACUCUUAAAGAUCUUGAAGAGACAUUUAUGAAAGAUAGUGCAAUUCAAAAUAAAAGAAAACCAUCAGCAUAUUUAAGUAAAAAUUUAUCACCACCUCCAUCACAACAACCAACAAUAUCGCCACCACCGGCAGCACCAUCAGUAACCACACCACCACCCCCUGUAUCAAUAUCAUCAUCAGAACCAAUUUCAUCAGAAACUAUAUCAGCAGAAGCAUCAUUACAACAAGAGCCAAUUUCAUCACCAGAGCAACAAUCAGUUGAUUUAUCAAUAUCUACAGGACCAGUAUUAAAGAGAGUUUCAUCAGAAAGAGCUAUUAUUUUAACAAAAGAAGCUAUUGACACAGCAGAUCUUUUAGAUGAAAUGAUCGAAUCAUUUGGUGGUGUAUCUGAACAAUUACCACCACCACCAUCCCAUCUUGUAACACCAACACCAUCGGCCCCAGUUAGACCAGUUUCAACUAGAAAUAUUAAAUCACCAAAUAGUACACUCACAAUGACACGUCCAGCUUCUAAAUUGGGUGCACCUGUAGAUAUUCAAGUUUCAUCACCAAAAGAACCAACACCAAUCCCCACUCUUUCUUCUUCACCACCACCAGUCUCACCAAUUUCACAACAACAAAACUCUGACCAACUUUUAGAGGAUAUGAUCAAUCACUUUAAAGAAAACUCUACAAUGAUCAGACAAAAUCCCUCAAAUAUGAACAUUGACCCAAAUGCACCAAAGCUUGGAUAUAUUUCACAACAACAUUACCCAUUAACUCAAGAGGAACAGGUUUUAUCCGCAAAGGUUAAAGUAAAUCAAACUCCUGAUGAAGAUAUUGUAUCAAGAAUAUUGGGCGACAAUGAUAUUGAUGAAAAUGGUUUAUCUAAAUCAAAUGAUGACCAAGAGCAACCACAUCCACACCAAGAUAAAUCAUGGUACAUUAAAUCACAACCAACUGAUGUUAUUGGUAGUGGAAAUAAUGGUACCACUCAAAGAGGUGGCAUCCACAAAGAAAAAAGAAUUGUUGUUAAAAACUGGAACUUUAUUACUCCACAAGCUACUCCAAUUUUAUUUAAUGAAAUCGAACAAUUAAUAUCGAUUAAGCAUCCAAACAUUUUACCUUUAAUUGGGGCAUCAUUUGAUAAUAAUAAUUUCCAAACUUGUUCAGAAUAUAUUACAGGUAGUAAUUUGGAUAUUGCAAUUAAGAAUCUUGACGAAAGAAAUGAACUACAAUUAAUUAUUAGAUUAUCUGAAGAAAUUGCUAAUGCAAUGGCAUUCCUUCAUUCAUUCAACAUUGUCCAUAGAUCAUUACAUCCAAAAAAUAUUUUAUUAAAUUCAGACUUAAAAGUUUAUAUCAAAGAUUAUGGCUUUACAUCAUUAAAAGACGAAACAUUAAAAAAGAAAUUAAUGACACCAUUAAAGAAUCAAAUAUUACAUUCACAAUAUUUAGCACCAGAAUUGUUUAAUGUAUUAAAUGGUGGUAAGGGUGGAUAUGAUACCAAAGUGGAUGUAUUUAGUUUUGGUGUUAUAUUAUGGGAAAUGUUUGCACGUGAAACCAAGUUAUCAGAUCUCAAGAGUAAUACAGUUAAUGGCUACACACAUUAUCUUAGACCAACACAUCCAAAUUGUCCAUUUGCAAUUGAAAAGCUUAUUAGACUUUGUCUUUCAACUGAUCCAAAUGUAAGACCAUCAUUCAUAACAAUUUUAAAAGUAUUAAGACAACCAUUACAUACAAUUUUGAAAUUUAUUAAACCAACACAAGAAGAACAGCCAUCACAAUUUAUAUCUUCAUCAGACCAAUUCGAACAAGAGAAUGCUCAAUAUGAGAUUGAACAAAAAAUUAAAAAUGGCUUCAUUCCAAAACCAACCAAAGCAACUAAUCCAUCAUUAGAUCAAGAAAAAAGGGAAAAGAUUCAAAAGAUUAGCAAUGUUGUUAAAGGUUUAAUUGAAGAGCCAACCUUAAUGAAUCUCAAUAAAGCCAGUCAAACCAUUGAUGCCCUUUGUAAGAAUACAGAAAAUAUAGAUUACCUUAUCGAUACAGAUUUCAUACCUUUAAUCUUCCAAUUAAUGGAUCAACCAUAUGACGAAACUCAAUUAGCUUGCCUCAGACAAUUUUCAAUUAUUGCAGAAAACAAUAAAGACAUCCACGAUAUCUUUAGAAAUUUAUUAGGUAUCAAUUUACUUAUUGGUACAAUUGCAAGCCACAAUGAAAACAUUGCAUUCUCAUCACUCCGACUUUUAACCUUAUUGUUACACAAAGAGGAAAAUCGUAUCGACUUUUUAAACAAAGGUGGCCUUUCAACAAUGAUUAACCUUUUGGCUCAUCAUAACGAAAUGCUUAGAUUACAAAAUGUAUGGUGUCUUUCAAUCCUUUUAGAUUCAAUCCCAGCUCAAAAUGAAUUGGUUCAAUUGGGUGGUGUCAAUCCAUUAAUUGAUAUGUUUGUUCAUUCUGAAAAUUCUGGUUUCGAUUUAAGAGUUGGUACAGCAUUAGCUAGAGUUAUUUCAUUCAAAAAUGUUCAAGAUCAAAUUAAUAGCGGUACAUACCGUGAACGUUUAGUUAACAAAUAUGUUUCUUUAUUAGGUAAUGGCGAAUAUCAACAACUCAGAAUGAUAGCAUUAGAGGCACUCGCCUGUUUAGUAUCCUUCAAAGAUAAUCAAAAUAUUUUAAUUGAAAAUGAUAUUGUAACUUUAUUAGAAGAACAUUUAGAUUUAAAUUCAAUUGAAGCUCCACCACAAAUGACAGCUCUUAAAAUUAUUUUACUUUUAUCUGUUAAUCCAAAUCACAUUCCAUACUUAAAGUCAAGUAAACUUAGAUUUAGUUUAGAACAACUUUUAAAUUCACCCCAUCCUGCUAUUCAAAAAGCUUCAGAGAAAAUCUUAUUAUUUAUUUCAAAUUGA